UCCACUGCGAUCCAAUCCGAAGCAUGAACGUAAACAAAUGUAGAGUGUACACAAAACUACUCACGUGUUCGACCGAAUUCAAUGUUUACUUGCAUAUGAAACCACUGUUGAAUGACUGAAGCACGUUUGCCUUAAAUUAGUGCGAAAGUCGGUACUCAUGGAAAGUAACAAAAGAAAAUUUCACACUGUUUGUCGGACGCAGUACGUCUACAUGGAUGUUUCACUCCGUUUUGAGGAGCCCGGUGAAGAAGUUGAUGCGACAGUAUUCAAGUUUGUGAUUCUGCAAGCAUUGAAGAAGUUGUAUGGUGAAGUUGGUGCGUCUGUUGCAGUGGAUGUUCUGAAGUUCAGGGAGUCGGACCUACGAGCUUACUUGCGCGUUUCGUCCAGCAACGUGGUCAGGCUUUGGAGUUCACUGACCUUGACUUCCUGCUACAAUGGAAGGCCAUGUUCCUUUCGGGUGUACAAGGUUUCUCCCAGCCUGGCCUCACUGAGUGUGUCAAGCUCACACUACCAGCAUGUACCUGCCGCAGAAGUGACUGCUGAUGAAUAAAUACUGUGCCAUAGUGAACCAAA